GAAAUUCCAUUACAGAAACCUUCUUCUUGGUGAACAUGAUGUCCCUUUAACGUGUAUUGAGCAAAUUGUCACAGUAAAUGACCACAAGAGGAAGCAGAAAGUCCUAGGUCCCAACCAGAAACUGAAAUUUAAUCCAACAGAGUUAAUUAUUUACUGUAAAGAUUUCAGAAUUGUCAGAUUUCGCUUUGAUGAAUCAGGUCCUGAAAGUGCCAAAAAGGUAUGCCUUGCAAUAGCUCAUUAUUCCCAGCCAACAGACCUCCAGCUACUCUUUGCAUUUGAAUAUGUUGGGAAAAAAUACCACAAUUCAGCCAAUAAAAUUAAUGGAAUACCCUCAGGAGGUGGCCGGGGGGCUGGUGGUGGCAGCAUCCAAAACACUCCGCUCUUCGAAACGUACUCAGACUGGGACCGAGAAAUGAAGCGGACAGGUGCUUCCGGAUGGAGAGUUUGUUCUAUUAACGAGGGUUACAUGAUAUCCACUUGCCUUCCAGAAUACUUUGUAGUGCCAAGUUCUUUAGCAGACCAAGACCUGAAGAUCUUUUCCCAUUCUUUUGUUGGAAGAAGGAUGCCACUCUGGUGCUGGAGCCACUCUAAUGGCAGCGCUCUUGUGCGAAUGGCCCUCAUAAAGGAUGUGCUGCAACAGAGGAAAAUUGACCAGAGGAUUUGUAAUGCAAUUACUAAAAGUCAUCCACAGAGAAGUGAUGUUUACAAAUCAGAUUUGGAUAAGACCUUGCCCAAUAUCCACGAAAUACAGGCGGCUUUUGUGAAACUUAAGCAACUAUGCGUUAAUGAGCCUUUUGAAGAAACUGAAGAAAAAUGGUUGUCUUCACUGGAGAAUACUCGGUGGUUAGAAUAUGUAAGGUUUGUACAACUACUUUCCUUUUUUUUCCCCUUAACUUUUAUUUUGAAAUAAUGACAGACUCCCAGGAGGUACAAAAACAGUACAGCCCUCCAUGU